AUGCCGCAGCGGUCGAAAUGCGACGAUAAUCGUUUUUCGCCUGGGUUUAUCAUGGGCGUCAGCAAGGAAGUCCAGAGAGAGGCGGAAUAUAUCUUCUGGGGCAAAAGCCAGUUCAUCUUUCCUCUUGGCAGUAUCUCGGACCCUCUCUGCAUGGAUGUAUCACACUUGUGCUACGGGUCACCCAAAAAGGUUUCAUUGGCCAAGGACUUGAGUUACGCCUUCGACAUGCGGGAUGUAGAGAUCGAUCCACACGAGGCGAGAGAGCAUGUCUUGGGACUAGCAGUUUGGGAUCCGGAGGAAGCUCUGCACGCCAUCCACGAAUACCAGCGCGAUAAGCUGAUGGACGGAUGGAUUGAUCGAAUCGAACAGUUACGCGCAGACACAUCUCCAAGGCGCCUUCAAGUUGAUCUGGUCGAUUGCUACUGUCCUCUAGGUUGCUGUCGCAUAGCCGGGACAGUGUGUAGCAUCAAUCUACUACUCGGAGAAUACAUUCAGCUUCCAUGGCUACCGGGCCGGCUUCGCCUUCUUGAGAGAUCGCCGCAGGCAGCCCUUGCGAAUAUUAGGCACGUCGAGCUGGUAUUGGAAAACAAUAUCCAUCCUCACGACCUGAACCUUCCACCUCCGCAUUACUUCCGCGCCGUGAUACAGAUGCUGAAAUUUUCACUGCCCCUAAAACACCUGCUCAUCCGGUUCGGUGUCACUCCGCCCGACAUGCGCAAAGACCCCUGGGACAUGUCACCUAUCCACGAAAAUCAGCCCGUAUUGCACGGCGGCUGGAUUGAGCAAAUACUUCGAUUAUCAGGCCUUCAACGUGUUGCGUUGUCACUUUACUUCCACCCUAUCCGUCUCGACAAUCUCAAUAACCUCGAACUCGUAGCACGCAUCUGCUUCUUCUUCAAGACCCUUCGAGAUGGCUUGCUGGAAACGGCAAGAAGCUUGGAUACAACAACAUUCGGGUCCUUGCCCCCCACACCGAAUCAGAGUCUCUGGGCAAGUACAGAUAUGCUCAGAUUGAGUGCGACGAUGAUAAUGGACGAGCUGGCAUGGGACCGUGAAGAUGAGCCAUGUGGUGAUUCGGAGGGACUUACAGCCGGGCCUGAUGAUCAUACAAUUGAGACAUGA